AUCGACGGUCCAGGGCCUACGAUGACGACGCUCAACUUCUGUGCGGAAUGCAACAAUCUCCUGUACCCGCAGGUGGACCGCUCAACGCAGACGCUGCUCAAUGCAUGCCGGAACUGCCCUUACAAGGAGGAGGCGCAGAACAAGAUGGUGUUCCGCAACGAUCUUAUGAGCGUCACCAAGGAACAGGCGGGCGUCAUUGACCAGCUUAUGAAGGACCCCACACUGCCGAGAAGCACCGAGCACACAUGCCCCCGGUGUGGGCAUCACGAGUCAGUCUUUUUCCAGGAUCAGUCGAAGCGCAUCCUCAAUCGCAUGAUCUACUUCUUCGUCUGUACCGCCUGCAAUGAGCUCUUCCGCGACGAUUCCAUCAAGACUUGAUGGGCCGCCAAUCCGACCGUUGUCCAAUUCUCCUUCCCACAUUCUCUUGGCCUGAACUCGAUCCGCACUCAUUUUUGUACCAUUAAACAAUUCAUACUUGUCAUCACCAUCGGCAGGGCAUCACCGGUUUCUCAAAUUAGGCCCAGAUGCUCGCUAUCAAACA